AUGUCAACAGAACACUGCAUUGGACUUAAUGAUCAACGCUCGUCAUCGCGUGUAUUGAAACCACCAGGUGGUGGUCAUUCCAACAUUUUCAGUCCACCAGAAGAAAUCAAACCUCAUGCUCGACCAAAAUAUGACCAGCAAAAUUCAUCGAAUUUAAACUUCUGCAUGAAUACAGUCGAUCCAAACGAGAAGGUUACAAAGGUUGAAAAUGCUCCAGAUGCAGCAUCAGAUCCACAAGAAGCUGCGCCACAAGAAUCAUCAGAUGGUGGUGCACAAGUUUCGUUCUCAGAAGCAGCAGACACUGGAAAAUCAGGAGCAGCUUUGCCAACUUACCAUCAUCAUCGUUCAACUGCUUUGUGGUAA